AUGAGACAUCACAGAGUACGUAGAGUUACUGGUAGUGGCAACCACAAUCUCUCCUAUGCAGGGAGAGAUCUUCAACUUCAAGAGACCUACUUAAAGGUGCUUCUUGGAAAUAGCAGUCGAAGCAGCAGUACCAAUGCGUCAAGUACAGUGACUGAUUCUUUUGAGCAAUUUGUUGCUGAUAAAGUUGCAUAUGCACUCACCCAAGGUCUCAAGGUUCAUGAUGGUCUGAGAAAGUGGCUCCACUCCAAUGUUAGCCCAGCAGUUGAUGAAUCGACCAGGAUAAUUUAUGGAGGGUCUGUUAAUGGAGCUAACUGCAAAGAACUUGCAGCUCAACCAGAUGUUGAUGGGUUCCUUGUUGGUGGAGCCUCAUUGAAGCCUGAGUUCGUGGACAUCAUCAAGUCUGCCACUGUCAAAUCUUCAUCUGCCUAG